AUGUCGACACCCGAACUCGACCACACGUUAUCUCUCCUCUCAUCUCAUCGCACGGUUCUGGGCUAUAUCCUCAUGUCCAGAGGCCAUCCUUACGGCAUCGUACGGCAAUCUGGGGUCAUAUUCGAUGGCGAACAUGGGAGAAAGUACGCUGCAGCGAUUGGAAAGAUCAUGGAGAAUGUGCAGAGCUCAUUGGAGGAGCUUUCUGAUGAGCCGAAUGAUGGGGACGAAGUCAAGUUCCUGCGAAUACGCACAAAGAGACAUGAGGUUAUGAUUUCCCCAGAUGAUAAGUACCUGCUGGCGGUAUUGCACGAUCCGGCCUCAUAA